AUGGGGACAGCAAGAUUGUUUACUGGAGUUGCACUACUGGCUCAGAUCUUGCAAGCUUCAGCACAAACAUGGUGUGGAAAGCAUUACAUGGCAAACCAGUCGGUAGUUGAGCCCGGUGGAGAGUUCCCAAUCCCGGAAUUGUCGAAAGAACCGCUCCUUGUGUUUCGCUGUGCACCUGCUAUUCAACCGUAUCUCGCUGACGACUCCUCUGGAACGAUUAUUAUUGAUACUCUGGUCACAAAUGUCAAGAUAGCAGAUACAACUCCAAUACAGAACGUCGAUGCAGCAGUUUCUGGAUUGCAUGUGUCGAUCUCUGUAAAUGGGCAGACGCUCGCUAACGGACCUGUUUCGCUGAAUGCAAGCGCGCAUGAGUUCACGCUCCCACUUGGCUCUCUUAAACCCCAGAGCGAUGCUUUCAAUGUGGAAUGUACCGCGCGAAUGGAAGAUGGGCAGACGUUCAAGACGAGCACUACUCUGCUGAGAUUGCCGAACAGAACGGAUGGUGGGAGCGUCACGAAGAUGGAUUUCCGGACGGGAGCGAUGCUUGUUCAGAAUUCGACUACGAAAGAAUGGGAGACUGUCUUUCCACUUGGUUUCUACACGACUUUCGACGGGUACCUGGCGAACAACCUGAGUGUUCUUAAUGAUCUGAAAGACAUGGGGUACGUCCACCCUGUUCCAACCUUCGACAACAUGACUGCAUUUGAAGAAGUCCUCGACCGUAUGGAAGAAGUUCGGUUGUACUUGAUGUAUGACAUGCGUUUCACGUAUAUGAAUGCCACUUCCGUCACAGAACAAGUAAACAUGAUCAAGACGCGAAAGAACUUACUCCUCUGGUACACAGGAGACGAACCAGACGGAACGAGCGACCCACUCAACGCUACGCAAGACACGUACAACCUCAUCAAAUCUCUCGACGGUUCAUACCACCCCGUCUCUCUAGUCCUCAACUGCGAAAACUAUUUCUUCCCAGAAUAUAUCCGAGGAGCGGACGUGGUGAUGCAAGAUACGUAUCCGGUUGCGAUUAAUGCGACGCUCUCCGUUGAGUGGCAUACGCCGUGUACACCGGAUUUCGGUGAUUGUGGAUGUGAUGAUUGUAAGGGGAGCUUUGCGGAUAUCUCGGACCGGAUGGAUACGUUUGCGUAUCGACUUGACGUGCUUGGUGUGAGUCGGACGAAGACUGUUUGGGCGGUUCCGCAAGCUUUUGGUGGAAGCGAGUAUUGGGCCCGCGCUCCUACCGGGAAUGAAUGGCUUGUAGAAAGUGUCCUUUCUAUUAACCACGGUGCUACAGGCAUUGUACCAUGGGACGAUCCCACUCCCACAGACAUCAAAGACGCAGCAACAGCACUCGCACAUGCCCUUCCAACGAUCAAAUCCUUCAUCUUCGACCCACACCACACAUUUUCAUCCAUCCUAUCCAACAACAACUCCAGUCAGAAUCUGAAUGGUAGUCAAGUAGACAUAGGGUUGUGGACAGUCAACCAACGCACGCUCGUGCUCGCUACGAACAUGGCUAAUAAUUCCGCGACUGUUGAGGUCGAAUUACCUACUCGUGCGAGUGGGAGUGUGAUGGAGAUUUUGAAUAGUGGUGGGUCGGUACAGGUUGCGAAUAAUGGGAAGAGCGCUAUGAUUUCACUGGAUGGCUUGAGCUCGUUUGGGGUUACUGUGGGCUAA